AUCCCGCCCUCGCUGGCGGCGGCGGCGGCCGAGUGGAGCGCGCACCGCGCCCCGGACGGCCGCCCCUACUACUACAACGCUGGCAAGAGCGAGAGCGUCUGGGAGAAACCCAAGCCCAUGAAGGACCUCGAAGAGUUACAAGCCAAAAUAGCUGAAGAGAAGGGCGAAAAACCGGAAAAAAACAAAAUGGAUAUCGACGGGAAAGUGGAAGUGAUCGACGUGGAGGCUCACGCGGAGGCGGUGGCCGCGGCCGAGGCGGAGCGAGUCCGCCAACAGCAAGAGCGCGAAAUGGCCGACCGCGAGGCGGCCGAGCGCGAGGCAGCGGAACAGGAGAAGAAAGAGAAGGAGGAAAAGGAGAAAGAGAAAGCGAAGCGGAAGAACAAGCCGAUCUCAAUUAUGCCUAUUUCUGGGACGCCCUGGUGCUUGGUGUGGUCGGGCGACGGGCGCGUGUUCUUCUACAACCCGACGGCGCACACGUCGUUCUGGGAGCGACCCGAGCAACUCGUCGGCCGCGCCGACGUGGACCGCGCCAUGGCCUGCCCGCCCGCCGCCGUCACGCAGUAUUUCCAACGCAAGGAGGCGUCGACUACGCCGACGGCGACCAAGCCCGCCAACGGCGACCUGAAGCGCUCCGCCGACUCGUCCAGCGAGGACUCCGACGCUGAACCCGCCAAGAAGGCCAAGCCCGAAGAAGCGGCAACGAAGAAGCCCGCAUCGGCGACGUCCUCGUCCCUGAUCGACGCCGGCAAGGAGGCGCGCAUCGAGGCGGAGGCGCGGGCGGCGCGCCAGCGGGCGCUCGUGCCGCUCGACCAGCGCAUCCGCGUGUUCCGGCAGAUGCUGCAGGAGCGGGACGUGUCCGCGUUCAGCACCUGGGAGAAGGAGCUCAAGAAGAUCGUGUGCGACUGCCGGUACCUGCUGCUCACCUCCGAGGAGCGCAAGCAGGUACACACACACACACACACUGUUCACAUAGCGCUCGUGCCGCUCGACCAGCGCAUCCGCGUGUUCCGGCAGAUGCUGCAGGAGCGGGACGUGUCCGCGUUCAGCACCUGGGAGAAGGAGCUCAAGAAGAUCGUGUGCGACUGCCGGUACCUGCUGCUCACCUCCGAGGAGCGCAAGCAGGUACACACACACACACACACUGUUCACAUAGCGCUCGUGCCGCUCGACCAGCGCAUCCGCGUGUUCCGGCAGAUGCUGCAGGAGCGGGACGUGUCCGCGUUCAGCACCUGGGAGAAGGAGCUCAAGAAGAUCGUGUGCGACUGCCGGUACCUGCUGCUCACCUCCGAGGAGCGCAAGCAGGUACACACACACACACACACUGUUCACAUAGCGCUCGUGCCGCUCGACCAGCGCAUCCGCGUGUUCCGGCAGAUGCUGCAGGAGCGGGACGUGUCCGCGUUCAGCACCUGGGAGAAGGAGCUCAAGAAGAUCGUGUGCGACUGCCGGUACCUGCUGCUCACCUCCGAGGAGCGCAAGCAGGUACACACACACACACACACUGUUCACAUAGCGCUCGUGCCGCUCGACCAGCGCAUCCGCGUGUUCCGGCAGAUGCUGCAGGAGCGGGACGUGUCCGCGUUCAGCACCUGGGAGAAGGAGCUCAAGAAGAUCGUGUGCGACUGCCGGUACCUGCUGCUCACCUCCGAGGAGCGCAAGCAGGUACACACACACACACACACUGUUCACAUAGCGCUCGUGCCGCUCGACCAGCGCAUCCGCGUGUUCCGGCAGAUGCUGCAGGAGCGGGACGUGUCCGCGUUCAGCACCUGGGAGAAGGAGCUCAAGAAGAUCGUGUGCGACUGCCGGUACCUGCUGCUCACCUCCGAGGAGCGCAAGCAGGUACACACACACACACACACUGUUCACAUAGCGCUCGUGCCGCUCGACCAGCGCAUCCGCGUGUUCCGGCAGAUGCUGCAGGAGCGGGACGUGUCCGCGUUCAGCACCUGGGAGAAGGAGCUCAAGAAGAUCGUGUGCGACUGCCGGUACCUGCUGCUCACCUCCGAGGAGCGCAAGCAGGUACACACACACACACACACUGUUCACAUAGCGCUCGUGCCGCUCGACCAGCGCAUCCGCGUGUUCCGGCAGAUGCUGCAGGAGCGGGACGUGUCCGCGUUCAGCACCUGGGAGAAGGAGCUCAAGAAGAUCGUGUGCGACUGCCGGUACCUGCUGCUCACCUCCGAGGAGCGCAAGCAGGUACACACACACACACACACUGUUCACAUAGCGCUCGUGCCGCUCGACCAGCGCAUCCGCGUGUUCCGGCAGAUGCUGCAGGAGCGGGACGUGUCCGCGUUCAGCACCUGGGAGAAGGAGCUCAAGAAGAUCGUGUGCGACUGCCGGUACCUGCUGCUCACCUCCGAGGAGCGCAAGCAGGUAUACAACAAGUAUGUGCGCGAACGCGCUGAGGAGGAACGCAAGGAAAAGAAAAACAAAUUACAGCAGAAAAAGAACGCCUUCAAACAGCUUAUGGAAGAGGCGAAGCUGCACUCCAAAUCGUCGUUCAACGACUUCUCGAGCAAACAUGGCCGCGACGACCGCUUCAAGGGGAUCGACAAGCCGCGCGACCGCGUCACAUACUUCAACGAGCACGUGGCCGAGCUGCGCAAGCGAGAGAAGGACGACAAGGAGAGAAAGAGAGAGCAGGCUAAGAGCGACUUCAUAGCCUUGCUCAAGGAAAAGUCGAUCGACCGGCACGCGCGUUGGGCCGACGCUAAGAAGAAAGUCGACAGCGAGGCGAGGUACAAGGCCGUGGAAAGCAGUACUCUGAGGGAAGACUACUUUAGGGAGUACUGCAAGAUUGUUAAAGAAGAGAGGAAAAAGGAUAAAGACCAGAAGGAGAAAGAGCGAGACCGCAGCAGCAGUAAGAAAGAGAAGAAAGACAAGGAACGAGAAAAGGACAAGGACAAAGAAAAGGACAAGGAAGAGAAGCGAGACAAGGACGGCAAGAAGGAGAAGAAAAAGGAGAAGGGUAGCGAGCCGGAGGCAGCGACGGGCUCCGAGGCAGAGGCGGAAGCGGAAGCGGAGGCGGACAGCGACGCGGAGUCAGAGGCGGCGCGCGAGCGGGCGGCGCGCGCGCAGGCGUCCAUCAAGGAGCGAGAGAGAGAGGUGCAGCGCGCGCUGGCGACCAGCCUGCGGGACAGGGACAAGGAGAGGGAGUACCACAAGAGGGACGAGGCGGUGCAGCACUUCAACGCGCUGCUGGCGGACCUGGUCCGCAACCCGGACCUGGCGUGGCGCGAGGCUAAGAAACAGCUGAAAAAAGACCAUCGCUACGCUGCGGCAGAGCUGCUCACCAAAGAAGACAAGGAGCGUCUAUUUUCCUCGCACACGAGCACACUAGCGACGCGGCGACGCGACAAACUACGCGCUCUACUCACCGAAAUGGGAGUCGCCCCCACCGCGCACUGGCGGGACGUACGCGCGCGGCUCCGGGCGGAGCCGACCGCACCCGUGUACACCAGUGCGGACAAGAUGGAGCGCGAAUUCCGCGACUUCCAGCGCGACAGACAGAGCGCUGCCAAAACCGCCUUGCGACAGUUACUGCAAGAGACCAGAUCCAUUACACACAAGACCCUCGCCAGCAUGAAGGAUGUACCCGGCGGCGAGCAACUGCUGCCAGUGCACGACAUGCUCAAACACGACGCCAGGUACGUGUAGUGAA